AUGGAUUUUGCUGACUUAACGUUGCCCCUGGGCGUAGUGCGGCCUCCGCGGCCUGCGGUUCACCAAGGUAACAGAGCCAGGGCCUCGGCGACUCCGGGCUUCGCUUGGGGCGCCGACAAUGCCAUAUCACAAGGACUGGUGCUGGUUGGUGCUCCUAAAGAAGCUGUUGAAGUUUUUCAUGAAAGUAAAAUGACCAAUACUGAAGAAGUAAAUAAAGCCAUUUACUUUAAUUACCCAUGUCGAAGGCAGAGCUGUGCUCUAGUAAACAUCCCAGCACCAUGUGUCAACAAAAUUAUUUCACACAUUGAAAAUGUGGAGUCAAAAAUACAGGAGCAUUUGAAACAGUUUGAAACUUCUCUGGAAAAAUGGAGUAAAACUUCUUCCUCAGUGGACCUAAAAGAAGAUUGGAGUAUUGCUAUACCAGUGAAAGAAGUCAAGCUAGAAGAAGAGAGAAAUGAAAAGUAUCCAGAAUUAAAGAAAGAAAUGGAAACAUUACUGUCAAAGGCCAUCCAUCUUAUUAAAAGUCUAGAAACUGAUCGAGCAGAAGCUGAACAAAUGUUAAGACAACAAAAAUCGAGAAAGAAAAUGAUUAUCAUGAAGAUUGACUCUUGGUCAAUCUGGAAACUUCAAGAACUCCCACUAGCUGUGCAGAAAGAACACGAGGCCUUUUUGAGAGAUAUUAUAGAAUUAAGAUGGCAUCUGGAAGAUAGAAAUCAUCAGUUAGAACAUUUGGAGAAACAAUAGACAAAGCUAGAAGAAGCAAAUGCAAAGGUUCAAGCAGACAUAGACUUCAUGCAGAAUCAUGGUGCUCUGCUGGACUCAAAGCAGAGGCAGGAAGUGGAAGCUCUGCAGGAGAAUUACCAAAAAAAACUUGAGGUAAUGGAUGUUUUCAGAAAAGUUCAUGAAGAACUUGAAAAAACUAUAGAAGACUGUGAAAAUGCCAAAUUGCAGUUUCAAGAAAAUGAAGAAGAAAUGGAGGAAGAUAUUCGUAAUGAUGAAAGAAACUUAGAGACCCACAGGAAAGAAUUUUUCACAAAUGCCAAACUAAACAAUCUGCAUACUCACUACUGUUCAGAAAUAGAUGAUGUUAAAGUGAAUAUUGAGGAGAGUGAAGAGGCAGCGAUGGUAGUACUGAAGGAAACAAAAUCAACAACAGAUGAAGUAUCUACUUUAUCGAGAACACUGGAUGAUUUGAGGAAGACUUAUGAUCAAAUAUGCUGGAAGCAAAAAAAAUAUGAACAGCUAUAUAAGGAAACACUUAAUGAUUUUUAUGCCACUAAAAAAACAUGGGAUGUUGAACUUUAUAAUGUUUCAAGAGACUUUUCAGACAUUUCAAUAGUAUAUGCUCAAGCAGUAGCAGAAAAUAAAAGGCUUGCAAAUGAAAUCAUCACCAUAACAGAUCAAAUCAGUGAAAGUAUAAAAAGAAAAGUGAUGUAUGAAUCUGAAAUUCAAUCUUUACUGAGACUGAAGUCAAAGAAUAAUGAUUAUCUCAAACACCUCUACAAAGAGGCUUAUCAAAUUGGUGCUAUUUUCCAUGUAACCAAACAUAAAACAGAUGAAUUGGAACUUAAAAUAACAGAAGUGAGAAGAAAAUUUAAGGUUAGAGAAGAUUUCCUGAAAAGACUUACUUGAGGUCGAGUGGCUGCUGGGACAAUGAUUCAGAAAAAACUAUAUUCCAUUCAAGAAGCCCAGAUACUUGAGAGGGAGAGCCUUUUGAAAAACAAAGCACUAUAUGCCCUUGCACUGGCAGAAAUAUUGGAGCCUCUACAGCAACUAGAAGAUGAUGCUGUAAGAAUCAGAACUGUACGCCAAGAACAGGCUGAUACACUCAGUAAUGUACUUCAGAAGGAAAAAUAUGUUAAAGCAAAGGUGGAAAAAACAAAGCAUAAGUUGCGAAGAAAGGGAAGGAAAACUCGUGAUACACUAACAAAAACUGAGGGUAACCGCUCAACAAUUUUCAAAGAAUUAGAGUCUACUAAAAGUAAAACAAUAACUUACAAUGCAAAAAUAAAUGAAAUGAAUCAACAAUUACAAGAAAAGGAAGAGGAAAAGGUAGAUUUUGAUCAGAAACUUGAAAAUUUGUCAUAAGUACUCAAAAAUAUAUUUGUAACUAUGAGAUAUAAAAAAGAACAUGCACAAGCUGUGUUUGAUCAUCUCAUGGAAGAGAAAAGAGCCUGUGAAGAGAAAAUCCUUCAAGAAGAUCAGGAAUUUAGAACACUCCUUGCUAAGAGGCAAAAAACCCUAGCAGAUAUUAAACGAGUCAUCAACAACUCACUGGAAGAAAAUCUACAUUUAGCUCAAGAGUAUCAAAAGAUGCAGACUAUUUUCUUAACAGAAAAGGAUAAUUUCUUCAAUAUAUAUGGUAAACAGCUAUCACUUGAUGCUUCAGUUAGAGAUAAGAAACAGUUAUUGGCUUUUCUAAUUCUUUUAUAA